GCAUAAUCCAGCCCAGCCGCUGAGUAGCCAUUUUGGUCCCACCUAAAACAGACAGACCCGCUUCACUUUGGGCCGCCGGAGAUGGAAGAAACCGAGCCGACGGCGAGUAUUUCAGCUACCCGAAUCUUUUGAAUCAUUCCAAGAAUUAUCCAGAGGUGACACUCGACGCCAUGGCACGGUUCUAGACAGAGUGGUUUUGUGGAAGAAAAGCCUGUGGCGAUUUUUGGAAGUGGCGACCGACAGCGCCUUAACGUUAUUAUAGUUAGCUCCAGUGACUCAAACCUAAACGGACAGACGGACACUGAUUUCGUUUCCCUGCCAAGUUUAGCACAGCCCAUGCACGGUUUGUACACGCCGUGUAAAUGCUGUAAGCGGGAUUAUUAUGCUCUUUGGUGAGGGUUUUUUUCUGUCCCUAGCUGUUCAGGUGCUCGACUCUAACACGUCCGGUCUCGUUUGAAAAUUGUCACGAUCCAUGCUGAGACUGUUUCCCCGGAGGGAGCCGAAAAGCAAAGCAAUAAUUUCCUUCUUCGGCUGUCGGGCUGAAGACUGUGUGUAUUUUGGACUUAAAACGGCGACUGGCUGAGGAAGAAGGAAUAAAAGAUGUCAACAAAAACUCCUUUACCUACUGUCAACGAGAAGGUGACGGAAAGUCACACCUCUCAUACCAAUGGCCGUCAGGAGAUCAGCACACGCCCGGGCCGGACGGGCGUGCGUCCGGCCCGCAGCUCCGAGGAGCCGCAGCAGCCCCACGUAGGCAACUACCGGCUGCUCAAAACCAUCGGCAAGGGCAACUUUGCCAAGGUCAAACUGGCCCGACACAUGCUCACAGGCAGAGAGGUGGCAAUUAAAAUAAUAGACAAGACACAGCUGAACCCAAACAGCCUUCAGAAGCUCUUCAGAGAAGUUAGAAUAAUGAAGAUCUUGAAUCAUCCCAAUAUAGUCAAGCUUUUUGAAGUUAUUGAGACCGAGAGGACGCUCUACCUGGUAAUGGAGUACGCCAGUGGAGGAGAGGUGUUUGACUACCUGGUUGCACACGGAAGAAUGAAGGAAAAAGAGGCCAGAGCUAAAUUUAGACAGAUUGUAUCAGCGGUGCAGUACUGCCACCAGAAGCACAUUGUUCACAGAGACCUGAAGGCUGAGAACCUGCUCCUCGACGCAGACAUGAAUAUCAAGAUUGCAGAUUUCGGCUUCAGCAACGAGUUCACUCUGGGCAACAAGCUGGAUACGUUUUGCGGCUCUCCGCCGUACGCAGCACCAGAGCUUUUCCAGGGAAAGAAGUACGACGGGCCAGAGGUGGACGUUUGGAGUCUGGGGGUGAUACUGUACACGCUGGUCAGCGGCUCGCUGCCCUUUGACGGACAGAAUCUUAAGGAGCUGCGGGAGCGUGUGCUCAGAGGGAAGUACCGCAUCCCUUUCUACAUGUCCACAGACUGCGAGAACCUCCUCAAACGCUUCCUGGUGCUCAACCCGGCCAAGCGGGGUACUCUCGAGCAAAUUAUGAAGGAUCGAUGGAUCAAUGCAGGAUUUGAUGAUGACGAGCUCAAACCUUACACUGAACCAGAGCUGGACAUCACAGAUCAGAAGAGAAUAGAUGUGAUGGUUGGGAUGGGCUACAACUUGGAGGAAAUCCAGGACUCUCUGGCCAAGAUGAAGUAUGACGAGAUCACAGCCACCUACCUGCUCCUGGGCAGGAAGGCCUCUGAGCUGGAGCCCGGCGACUCGGCCUCCAGCAGCAACUUGUCUCUGGCCAAACCGAGGCCAAGCAGUGAGCUCAACGGCCAGUCGCCCUCCCACCUCAAAGUCCAGAGGAGCGUCUCCUCCAACCACAAACAGAGACGUUACAGCGAGCAAGUUGGUCAGAACCUCCCUCCAGGGAUGGCUCAUCCAAAGAGGAGUCAGACAACUACUGCGGAGAACAGCGUGAAAGAGGAAGGUGGAGUCCAGCUCCGUAAACCGAGCAUCCCAGGAACCCGCGGGGCACCACCCUCCAGCCCUCUGAUGGGCAACGCCAACAACCCCAACAAGGCUGACAUCCCUGACCGCAGGAAAGGAGCCACCACCGCCCCGAGCAAUAACACUGCGUCUGCGGGUAUGACCAGGAGGAACACGUAUGUCUGCAGUGACAGAAACAACACAGACCGCCUCUCCGUCAUUCCUAACGGGAAAGAGAACAGCAACGUUGCCGUGUCUCCCGGCAGUCAGAGGAACCCGGUGGCGUCCACCCACAGCGUCGCCAACGCCACUACGCCCGACCGUCUCCGCUUCCCCCGAGGCACGGCCAGCCGCAGCACUUUCCACGGCGGCCAGCUGAGAGACCGCCGCACGGCCACGUACAACGGCCCACCGGCCUCCCCUACUCUCUCCCACGAUGCCACGCCUCUGUCUCAGACCCGGAGCCGUGGAACCAGCAACCUUUUCUCCAAACUCACCUCUAAACUCACCCGCAGAAACAUGUCAUUCAGGUUUACCAAAAGAGUCUCCACCGAGUUUGAGAGAAACGGGAGACUUGAGGGCUCAAGUCGCCAUGUACCUGGGGAUCAAAAAGGGGAAAAUAAAGACAGUAAACCCCGCUCCCUCAGAUUCACUUGGAGUAUGAGGACCACCAGCUCCAUGGAGCCCUGCGAUAUCAUGCGGGAGAUUCGCAAGGUGCUCGACGCCAACAACUGCGACUACGAACAGCAAGAGAGUUUCCUGCUUCUUUGCGUCCAUGGAGACGGGCGAGCUGAAAACCUGGUGCAGUGGGAGAUGGAGGUUUGCAAGCUUCCCCGUCUCUCCCUCAAUGGCGUCAGGUUCAAAAGGAUAUCCGGCUCAUCCAUCGCUUUCAAAAACAUUGCUUCCAAAGUUGCCAAUGAGUUAAAGCUAUGAACAAAAGGGUUUAAAGUAUACAUAUAUAUCUAGAAGUAUUUAAGCUGUACAAUCAUCCAAGUAGCAGUUUCCAAAUGUCUCCUUUUUCUAAACAAAACACAGAGUAUGUAUUGAAUAUUAUAAUGUAUAGAUUAAGGCUUUUGGCAAUAAUCACCGAAUUACCUACUAAUAUCUCAGUCUGUUCUGACCGCACAGGGUCGACAUUAAUGAGUUGAAUAUGAUUUGUCAUGCUGUGAAUGUGGACGAAAAAGCAUUUCUGGUCUUAUUUAUUUCACCUUUUAUUUUUCUCUCUCCUGGAAAAAGGAAAAUGACGUAGCGUUCUGUUUUCAGUGUAAAUAAUGUACCUUACUUUGAAGAUGGCUUCUCUGCAAUACUCGUUUUGUUUUGUUUUUUUCUUCUCCUUUUGUAUUUUGUUAAAAAGUAGAGAUGAUGGGGAGUCCAUGUAAAUGCCCACAUGGUUAAGGGUCACUCAUGUCUCAAUUAAAGUGUCUGUCAACCUAAACCUUGA